AUGGAACCUAGCUUAUCUCCAAUUGGAAUGAAAAUGGAUGACUCUCAACCCAAGCUUAUUCAGAAUUGGCAUAAAAAUGGAGAGUGCCCACAAGGAACAAUCCCCAUUAGAAGGACUCAAAAUCAUGACUUUCAUCGAACUUUUCCAUCUCACUGGCAAGAAGGACAACAUUACUACCCCUUUGGGCAACCACUAGGUGAUCAUGAGUAUGCCUUUGUUUCUGAAAGUGGUAGUACCUACUAUGGAGCGCACACAUCAUUUAAUGUGUGGAAUCCUAAGACAGAGGCUAAUGAAUUUAGCUUAUCUCAAAUUUGGGUUAUCUCUGACGUAACAACCUUGAAUAUUAUUGAAGCUGGAUGGAUGGUGCAAGAUGUGGUAUUAGGUUACUGGCCUGGUUCCAUCUUCAUAGACUUAGCUGACAGCUCUACGAUAGUGACAUGGGGAGGAGAGAUCGCCAAUAUGUAUGAGUACAAUAACUUUGCAAGAUCUUUAUCUGCUUAUGUGGCUAGGCCUCUGCUUGACAAGCGUUUGAAUGCUAUUGGUCCUAGACCAUCAUUGAUUUCUCAAGAUUACUGGGAUUUAAUAUCUAGCAUGUGGGUUGGGUCCUGA